CACACACACGACACGGUCUGGCUACCUCCUACGGCAGACGGCACCGCCGCCGAGCUCCCCUCGGCCCCAGGAAGACGACCUCAGACUUUUCUUGAGGAGGAAUAUUUCGCCAAAAGGGGGAUUUUAAUGCCUGAGCUAAUAAUACUCCAUCCAGCACUACUCUCGGGUAGUUUGCCGAGCGUGUCUCUUGGCGACGAGCUGCGGCACGGGGCUGUGUCAAUCCGCAAGCUGUGUCUAGGUGCUCUCUCCCAGCCCCUCUCUGGAUGCAUCGGACUCCCCUGCCCCCGGGCCCUGGCCCCGGUGUGUGACCCCACCGCCCUCCCCUUGCUCACCCUGCCUUCCCUCGCCGUCCUGCAGCUUCCAGGAGGCAGAGGCGGCGGGCGAUGGCGCCGCCACCGGAGCGGCGGACCCCCGUGGGCGCGAGCCCCGCGCCAUGAGCGGCGCCGCCUCCUCGGAGGGUAGGGUUCAGCGGGCCGACGUCACCCCGCAUCACUUCAAGCCCUUCAGCUCGCACGCGCACUACCAGCAGGUGAUGCGCGCGUUGGGUAAGCUCCAGGAGAGCGGCUUCUACUGGGGCGCCGUUGGGGGACGGGAAGCCAGCUCCCUGCUCCGCUCGGAGCCCCCCGGGACCUUCCUGAUCCGAGACUCCUCGGACCACCACCACUUCUUCACGCUCUCCGUCCAGACGGCCCGCGGCACCAAGAACCUGCGCAUCCACAGCGAGGUGGGCGGCUUCUACCUGCAGCCCGACUCCCAGUGCACCCAGGCGCCGCCCCAGUUCGACUGCGUGCUCAAGCUGGUGGCGCACUACAUGGGGAAGGGGCCCGAGGGCGGCGAGCUGAAAGGCCGCUGCGUUUACCUCAUCCACACCGGCGGGGAGCGCAUCCCCCUGGAGUUGCUGCGGCCCCUCAUCAACUCCCUGUCGUCCCUGCAGCACAUGUGCAGGCGGACCCUGAACAAUCAAGGCCUGGGGGGGUCGGAGCGGGUCCAGCAGCUCCCGCACACGCUCAGAGACUUCCUGGAGGAGUACGACGCCCCCAUAUGACCGGCAGGACGCGGACCAAGGAUCUUCCGGACCUGGACUGGUCAGUGUUUUUUGGGGAAGGGUCACGUGACCUUCGGUCGCCGAGCGUUCGCCUGCCAGACCAAGAUAUGGGUCAAGGGUCAACUCUCCCUUAGACGCAGAGCAGAGCCUCGUAGAAGACGAAACUCCCCGCUUAGAGGUGACGGCACAGGGGGCCGGAGGGGCGUCCUUUACCCCGCCCCUCGCCACCGCCUCUGACUUCGACACGGGACCAAACCAAACAGAACGAAAAUUCCCUCGCGGAAGCGACGAUAAUGAGGGGAGGGGCCUGAGGAGCGGGAAGUGGAAUCAGGAAAAAGGACAUUAGCGGCGCUUCUUGGGAAUGAUGGUCAGGGGUGCGCGUAGAUGAGUCUUAAAGCAGGGGUGUCCAAAUAUUUUCGGCAUUUAUUGGCCCUUUGCAUCAUCUAGAACAGUGGUUCUUAACCUUGUUGGAGGUACCGAACCCCAGCAGUUCCAUAUGCGCAUUCACCGAACCCUUCUUUAGUGAAACAUAAAAUGGUUUUUUUUUCAAAUUCAAGACAAAGUUAUAUGUUUUUGGUAACACUUUAGUAUGGGGAACAUAUUCUAAGUAACAAAGACUUAAUUUAGAGGUAUUUGGACACUAGGGGAACAUAUUCUAAGUAACAAAGACUUAAUUUAGAGUUAUUUGGACACUAGGGGAACAUAUUCUAAGUAACAAAGACUUAAUUUAGAGUUAUUUGGACACUAGGGGAACAUAUUCUAAGUAACAAAGACUUAAUUUAGAGUUAUUUGGACACUGGGAACAUAUUCUAAGUAACAAAGACUUCAUUUAGAGGUAUUUGGACACUGGGAACAUAUUCUAAGUAAUAAAGACUUCAUUUAGAGGUAUUUGGACACUAGGGGAACAUAUUCUAAGUAACAAAGACUUAAUUUAGAGUUAUUUGGACACUAGGGGAACAUAUUCUAAGUAACAAAGACUAAAUUUUGAGUUUUUUGGACACUGGGGGAACAUUCUAAGUAACAAAGACUUAAUUUAGAGUUAUUUGGACACUCGGGGAACAUAUUUUAGGUAACAAAGACUCAAUUUAGAGUUAUUUGGACACUAGGGGAACAUAUUCUAAGUAACAAAGACUUAAUUUAGAGUUAUUUGGACACUAGGGGAACAUAUUCUAAGUAACAAAGACUUAAUUUAGAGUUAUUUGGACACUAGGGGAACAUAUUCUAAGUAACAAAGACUAAAUUUAGAGUUAUUUGGACACUAGGGGAAC